AUGGCUUUAGAGGGCGAUAAAGGCUUGCGCAUACUCAUCGCGGGUGCAGGCAUUGGAGGCCUGUUUGCCGGGAUUGCACUACGGCAAGCCGGGCACUGUCAGAUAUUCGAGUCCUCGCGGUUUGCAACAGAGCUGGGAGCUGCGAUCCACCUUCCCCCAAAUGUCAACGGACUGUUGCGAAGAUACGGCAUGAAGGCCGAAGACUUCCAAUGCAACAACGCCCAAUUUGCUACGGUUUUUGACUCGCAGGGCAACACCGUGAGUUCUAAGGAUGUCCGGGGCUUGCAGGCGUUGUAUCCAUUUCCAUGGCAACUAAGCCACAGAAUCGACCUCCACGAGACUUUGAAAGCGAAGGCCACCAGUCCAGAAGGACCCGGGACUCCUGUUACUAUUCACCUCCGCUGCAAGGUUGUAACCUGUGACCCGGACGUGCCUUCGUUGACUCUAGGUGACGGUCGAGUGAUACAAGGAGACCUUGUCAUCGGGGCAGAUGGCGUACAUUCCGUUUUGCGAAGCAUCAUUAGCCAGGAGGACAUACAACCCCAGCCCUCCGGUGGAAGCGCCUUCCGGUUUCUGAUCCCUAUCUCGAAAGUCGAGGCCAAUCCUGAAACCCGGAACCUCGUGGCUCGCCCCGGGGAGAUCCAAAGAUGGGACGGGGUGUACAAAAGGCUCGUCAUAUAUCCUUGUCGGAAUAACACCGAGCUUAACUUCGUCUGCUUGCAUCCAGAUGCAGAAAGUCAAAACAGCACUGAAGGCUGGAACAUCGCUGGAUCCCGGGACCACCUGCUCGAGGUCUACCGGGAGUUUCACCCGUCCAUGAAGGCACUCCUUGCGAUGGCAGAUCCGGCAUCCAUCAAGCUGUGGAGACUCUUGGACCGCAAACCCUUGGCGACAUGGGUGCAUGCAAAGGCCUGUCUGCUGGGAGACGCCGCACAUCCUUUUCUGCCUUAUCAGGGACAAGGUGGAGCUCAGGCGAUCGAAGAUGGUGCUGCUCUGGCAGCGCUAUUGCCCGUUGGCACUUGCCCUGGUGAUGUUCCAGCUCGCCUCAAACUGUACAUGAAGUGUCGGUAUGAACGUGCGACCCUGGUGCAAGAUUUGUCUCGUCAAGCGGCUUUCAAAGUCAGCGCCGAUGAUGAUGUAGGAGGAACGUCUACCGAUCCUCUCGAAUUCAUGAAGAUAAACUUCGGACACGAUGCCUUUGACCACGCAACCCGUGUUCUUUUCAAAACAUACGGAAUUUCCGGUCAUCGAUCCACGCUAGACAUCUCUUUCGGACCCCCAAUGCCCCUCCCACGAGGGUAUCUGGAUUCACUAACAAACACGCCUAGCUUGCUGGAAGUGCGAUUUCGCACUCGCAGAAACUACCUGGAAACGCUUCUUCCAGACUUCGAAUCGCGUAUCGCUGCCCCGGGAGGUUGGGCAACUGCUUCCUGGGUCGUCCGCCACGCCAGGGAAAAUGGCUGUGCUGUCAAAGAUCACAGCCUCACCAGCGUGGCUCUGUGUAUCCACGAUGCCCUGCGCACGGCGGAUGCAACGGAGAAAGAGACGCUCCAGCCGGUGGUGUUCACUACUGACCCGGACUUCAUCCUCGCCGCGGGCAGAGAAAUGGACGCGCCGCUAAUGCUGGCGGAGAUUAAUGUAUCUGGGUCGGGCAUGGCCUAUAACGUUAGGCUGGGAAAGCGAGGCCGUGUCUUCAUGGAGAUUAGUGUUCGUGGGCAAAGCUUGACGAACGGGUCCAAAAGUCGCUCUGGUGACGAGGAGCAGGCCGCGGUGUCAAAGGCGUCGGUUUCGAUGACCAGGUCGAGUCCGGCUGAGCUGGAGAUAGAAUUUCCCGGCAUGGGCCAUGUUCUGCGCCGCUUGCAAGGGCUGGACAUGCAUGAGAUGGAGGUAGUGAGCUCGGUCUGACAUGGGGAUAUUAAACCGUUGCGGUGGUUGUCUCUUGGAAAGCUUGAACCUUUCUUUGUUAUUUCAGAAACACUCGAAUAUAAAGUUUUGCUUUCAUUGGGAUAAUCGCCCACUAGAUUGAGAUACUUAUCAUCAAAC